AAGGAUCCCAUUGCCCACUCCACAACCUGGUCCGGCCUCCUCCGGCCGGCCCCGCUUUCGUAGCCGCCAGGCAGGUGGGCGGGGGAUGAAAUUGGGCCACGGACCUUCGCUGUGGCCAAACUUUGCCCAGGGCUGCGUCCUCACCCAGGCUGGGAGAGCGGAGAGUUCUGGCUGACCCCGGCCUGCAAGGUCCCGCAAAGGAAGAGACGGGGGCAGAAGGGCAGCAUGGCGACGUCAGUGGUCAACAUGGAAGCUUCGGAGCCCCCCACUACGGCCGAGACGUACGAGGACUUCCCGCCUGGAAAAGAGGAGGAAGAGUAUGAAAAACACUUUGAAAAAGACUUCCCGUUGUCGAAGUCUUUUUCCCGGCGCGUCUGUCCCACCAACCGUCUCCGUCUGGUGUUGACGGUGUUCUGUGCCGUUCUGAUCCUCUUGGUCAGCAUCCUGGGCAUGCAAGGCCUUUGGUUCACCAAAACCCUGCAGGAGACCCAGAAGGGCGUGCAAAAUGUGAGCCAGACGAUCCAGCAGGGGGUCACCCAGCUCAAGGGCAAAAGCCAAAACACCACCUCGAAACUGGCUGCGCUGCAGAAAAUUUUGCAACAGGAGGAGGAUAAAUGGUUGAACGUGUUGAAACUGACCCAGACCCAGCUGGAAACCGUAGAGCAGAAUUCCAGAACUUUGAACUGUGAAAUUAUUGAAAUGAAGAGCAAUGGGAGCAAGAGCGGCUGCUGUCCCCGAGGCUGGCUGACCUUUCACUCCAGCUGCUACUGGACAACCCAGUCGAGGACCAGCUGGCAGGGGGCCAAAAAAGACUGCGAGGAGAAGAAAUCCCACCUGGUGAUCAUCAAUUCCGCGGAGGAGAAAGCCUUUGUGAAGAACAACAGGCGGGGAGACGACACCUGGAUCGGCUUGACCGACGAGAGUGGCUCCUGGAUAUGGGUGGACGGGUCCUCGUACACGAUUGACCCAAAGGACUGGGCCAUCGGCCAGCCAGACCACUGGUACGGCCACGGCCUUGGGGGGGGAGAGGACUGCGCCCACAUGACGCGGGGCGGCCAGUGGAACGACAACCACUGCUCCCGCAGCUUCACCUGGGUCUGUGAGAUGGACCUGGGCAUCUGAACACCGUCCCAUCUCACUGGGCCGGACUCUGUGCGUGUGUGUGUGUGUGUGUGUGUGCCUGAGGCAAGUUGACCAUCGGUGGCCUGAGAGCCAGCCCCUGUCCUUGGGAGGCUCGUGCGACCUCCCUGCGAGGCGGGCCGGAGCCAACCUGAAAGCCGUCCGGCAACGCCUUGGGCCGAUCCGGCUUGCGACCGCGCCUCUCGCACCCAGGACGCAGAGGGGGGGGGGCUUCCAAGCUGUUAAAACACACGGGGAGGGUUGAAAGCAAAGCGCCCGGAUCCGAUGUCUUUUUAAAAGCAAUAAAGCUUCUUUUAAACCGGCUGCCU